UUAAUUUAUCAAUUUUAAUUCAAUUGGGAAUUUGAUAUAUUUAAAUUUUUCUGCGCGCAAUUGUGUUACAUACAGUUCCUUUCUGUUCGUUUCGUUAGUUUUGUUAUUAAAAAGGUACUAGAACGAAAAUUCGUUCUAACAACGUUUUGUGAAUCAAUCGAAGUGAUCGUAGCAGCCUAUUAUCAUCGCUUAGUGUCAUUUAACGUUUAAUUUGAAACAAAAAUGGACGCACAACGUAUAUUUCAAGCAAAAUUGGAACGAGCAAAAAAUCUACUUUCGCAACUGGCUGAUAUUGCUGAUGGCAUAAACAACGCACCAAAUGAGCACAGUGCACAAAACUGGUCCAAUGCAAAAACCGACUCGGAGCCCGCAAAAAGCGGAAACAUAUCGUUUGUAUUGAAUGGAUCGUUUGGGCCAUUAAAAGAGUUAAAAUCAUCUCCAGGUCCAACAUCUGAUAUUGAUUCUGAAAUGAGUGGCAACAGGGGAUUCUUAUUACAUGAUGCACCUGAUAAAGUGACACAAAACGAAUCCAAAUACGGCCAAACAAUACCGUACAUACCAACAUUGCAUGGAUAUUCAUUCUCAACCUGUUUGAAUAACGCACAAAACUGGUCCAAUGCAAAAACCAACUCGGAGCCCGCAAAAAGCGGAAACAUAUCUUUUGUAUUGAAUGAAUCUUUUGGGUCAUUAAAAGAGUUAAAAUCAUCUCCAGGUCCAACAUCUGUUAUUGAUUCUGAAAUGAGUGGCAACAGGGGAUUCUUAUUACAUGAUGCACCUGAUAAAGUGACACAAAACGAAUCCAAAUACAGCCAAACAAUACCGUACAAACCAACAUUGCAUGGAUAUUCAUUCUCAACCUGUUUGAAUGUUGGAGUCAUGACAAACGAAGUAAUGAAUAGCGAUGAAGAUGUCGAGAUCAUUGUUGAUGAUGGAGUGGAACAAUCAACGAUUUCACAUUUUGCCUGUUCACAAACUGAUGUAGACGAAGACGACAGCGAAGAAAAUGACAUCAAACAUCACCACGGAUGCGACAUCCGAAAACUGUAUGUUCCGACAUCAGAUGGGAAAGCCAAAAGAUUGUGUUGCGCGUUUUGCCUGAAACGUUACCCAAAAUUGGAACGACACCUACGAACGGUCCAUAAAGAUGAAGUUGCAGUCAAAAAAUUUGUGGCGCUACCCCUUCGUUCAAAAAGCCGAUGGUACGCUAUAGCCCAAAUUCGGAAGAAGGGAGAAUUCAUAUGGAACUCUGACUUUAAUCUGAACAAAGGAGAAAUACAAACCAGUCGACGUGGACAAUUUGUUCGUUAUUCGUGGCAACUUAUCGCCUGUGCUAAUUGCAUGGGAACGUAUUCUUCAAAAUCACUUCGUCAGCAUUGGCGUAAAUGCAAGGGAAAUUCUAUUAUGGGCGAACGAAUCGUAAAGCAAUUAGGACGCUCGUUGGAGGCUAGAGUUCAUCCUGAUGCUACUGACGAGUUAAUAAACGUUUUUGCCAAAUUCAGAGACACCGAACAAAUUCGAUCGAUACAGUUUGACUGGCUGGUAAUCUGUUAUGGCAACGAAUUAUGUUUGAAUUAUUCGCCCUUCUACCAAGAAGGCUAUAUUCGAUCGAAGAUUAAUGCGGCAUCAAAAUUGUUGCAUUUCUCAAAAGAAAUGUCUCCACAGAUUGGUGACCUUGCUUCGCUUUUCCACGUCAAACAUUGCAACACGGUAAUAAAUGCAAUUCUUAAAAUGGGAAAAUUUGAUCGUCGGUCAAAAUUAUUCGGAAGCCCUGGUACGUCAUUGACCACUGUGACACUAAUCAACACCAUCGGAGAAUUAUUAAUUACUGAGAGCAUGAAGUUGGACGACGAGGAAAUGGAAAGAAAUGCUGAGAGAUUUUUGAGGGUGUUUAAGCGAGACGUCCGCACGAAAGUCAGCAAGUUGGUAGCUAAAACAAUCAAAAAGAACCGACGUUCUAAAAAGCCGAAUCUUCCGACAACCGCUGACAUAAAUAAACUCGUCACAUUUCUGAACAUUGAACGAAAUGAAUGCUUACAUCAACUGACUCAAGGUUUCUCGUUCCAAACGUGGUUAAAAUUGGCCCAACUCACACUUGUGUCAAUCAUGGUCUUCAACAGACGAAGAGCGGGGGAAAUGAGGAACAUUGAGUUGUCUGACUACAAUGAGCGAGAGAUUAUUGCUGAUCAAUGCGAUGUUAUUUUGGAAGCAAUAUCACAGGAAUCCCUGAUGGAAAUCAAAAGUCGGAUGCAAAUCCGCGGCAAACUCGAUCGAACUGUGCCAGUGUUGUUAAAACAAAGCUGGGAAGAUUGUAUAGAUGCAUUGAUUCGUAAUCGAGAAAAUGCUGGUCUUACAGAAACAAACGACUUCUUGUUCGCUGUACCAACGCAAUCGAUGCAGGUGAAAACAAUCAAUGUCUGGGCUGCAAUCAACUCAUACGCAAAGGCAUGUGGUGCCGAUAACCCAUCAAGUUUGAAGGGAACAAAUCUCAGAAAACAUUUGGCGAGCCUUUGUGCAACGAAAGACCUAAAAGACAGAGAUAUUACAAAUUUGGCUGAGUUCCUUGGACAUCAUGACAUGGUUCAUCUGAACAUAUACCGGACCAAUCCAUUAGUUUCACAAGUGACACAAAUCGCACCACUCUUGAACAACGCAAUUGGAAAUGACACUUGUCUGCCAGGCUCGAAGCGGAACGGUACAUCCCUGAAAAUUUCAAGAUUGAAACAAAAGAUACAAGCUCCUCGUAAAACCAGAAAGACUGCGAACAAUCCAAACCGACUGAAGAAGCAGGCAGUUCUGAAAAAAAGUGGUGUUUCGAAAAAAUCUGCAGCUCCGCCAAAACUGAGCUCCCACGAAGACUGCAGCUCCGCAAAGAACUCUAGCUCAGACGAAGACUCCAGCUCAGACGAAGACUCCAGCUCAGACGAAGACUCCAGCUCCGACGAGAACUGCAGCACCGACGAAGACUGCAGCUCCGACGUAUGUGCAACUCCAACGAAAGCUGCUGCUCCAAACAAAACUGCAGCUCCAACGAAAUCUGCAGCUUUGAAGAAAACUGCAGCUCCAAUGAACACUGUUGCUACAACGAAAACUGCAGCUCCAAUGAAAACUGUAGUUUCAACGAAUGCUGCAGUUAUGUCGAAAACUGCCGCUCUAAGGAAAACUGCAAGCAAACGACAGGAAACUGCAACUCUAAACGUCGCCAAAAAAGCAAAGCUUCAGAAAAACUGAAUUACUCGGUGGCUGGAAUUUUAAGCGACUCGUUGUAAUAUUUUUAAUUCAUCACAAUGAACACGUCCAGUCAGUCAGUCGCUAUGUUUUAUGAAUUCAUGUCAGUAUUUCUUUUCGAUUUAUUAGCCACUCUAAUUGAUGGUUAAUAUCGCGCUUAAGAUUGUUUUACAAUUAAUUUUUGUUUGAUUUUUAAACCAAUCUCGCGGUUAAUGAUUUUAUGUUUAACGCACGUUCGUGCCUUAUUUUAAUGUAUGGUUGCUUUUAAUGGAUAUUAAAAAACUGUGUGC